AUGCUUGCCAUCCAGGUCCCGCCAAAGCCCCGUAAAUGCACACCACACCUGCUGCCCCUCCGCAUAAACCACAACGGACCCAUAAACAACACAGAGUGCUACUUCAACCCCACAUCGCAAACCACUUCAGUCCGAUCCCUAGACGCGAAACAAGAACAGCAGCCAACCCCAGUCGUGAAAGAGGAACAACGUGAUGCUGACAUCACCCAGCACGCCUAUUUUCGCGGCCGCCAUCUACUGUCCACACCCAUCCUUCUUCCCGAAAACUACACAGGCGCUGUAAUGCAAACCACAAACACACCGCAUACUUCAACCAAAACGAUGCAUCACGGCCGCACCAUGUCUGCAUCACAGAAUGACCAUGAUGAGGAUAGCGAGCAAGAUGGUGAUCAUGUGGAAAUGGACGUCGAGGUUAUGCAGACAAAUAUCCUUGCUUCCUUCUCCGAGGUGCUGGUCUGGGGUCACGCGGAAGCUGUGGAUGACGCCAAAGAUGCGUUUGUGCGCGGCGUCAGGGAGUGGAUUGGUUUCGCCGAGGGGAUGCAUCUAGAGGAGGAGUGA